GGUAGAUAUCUUGAUGUCUCUUUUCUUUAAUAAUCAUUGUGACAGCACUUACCUUCACGGCUUCUGUCUUGCUCUACAAAACCGCAACAUAGGUAAUCUUCGUGGAGAUAUUCAAGACAUCUAAACAAAUCUAUUUGGACUAAAACAUAUUACUGAAUGUUUCUAGUUUUAUGACCUGCAUCGAGGUGCUCGGGAUGGAGUUGUGAGGACGUGAAUCAUUUACGAUCACAACAACAUGUCCGUCAACGCGUCGCACGUAAUAUUCAGCGUAGACUGGCAGGCGCCGCCACUUUCGGCACUCAACUUCGACCCUAACGAUGAAGCGGUCUGCGGACCAGCUGGUGCGUGGAAGGCCGCAACCGUGAGCGUCUUUCAAGGGGAUCAGAGUAUCAUCACGACGAAUUAUGUCACGGACUAUCUGAGGGCGAUUCUGCCCUCUAACGAGACGCAGCCGAGCGACUGGGUUCUGUUACAUUGGUAUAAUGAUUACAUUGUACAGGAGGUCACGAUGGACGACACGAAUUCUUCUGUCCCCAUCCCCGGUUCGCUUCUGGAGAAAUUUAGUGCCUUUCCUCUUCUGAAUUGCACAACCGACAUCUGCAAGAAUCUCGAUUGGACCGGUGAUCCGGACGUCUCAGGCCGAGGAAUGCUGAUUACCUACUAUAUUGCGGCCGCCCUCGUUACCUUAUAUUUCUUCGCGCUUACGUUAUCCGGUGAGGGCUUCUUCAAACUUCACCUUCCGGCGGGAUCAAAGAGGGCUUGGCUGUUGGCAGGAUUCGAGGAAUCCGCCAGCACAUUUUUGGAUGCGACGUUGAUAUUUGCCGUUUCAAUGCUUGCCGCUGCUUGUUUCCGAUUAUCCGAAGCUUUCUUCCAGGAAUAUGACGAUAGUAGCAGCCACUGGAUGAUUUAUGCUUCUAUCGGAUCUAUCUACAUGUCGACAUUCUCGUCCUUACUUCCCCUAUUACUACAGCUAUCGGCGCACGGCGUACGGCACCACUGGCUUCGAGUUGUCUUAUGGACACUUAUUAUAUUGCUCGGUAUCGCCAACGAGGUCCUAUACGAUUAUUUCUUCGGAAAAGCGGAGUUUUACGUGUUUUCUCAGCUGAGGGACCUGCUCGAGAAUGUCUGGCUGGACCUAUGCAGCCCUAUUAAACUAUUGGACAACGGCCUCGAUCCAACCCUUCGCAUCGCCCAAAUCUUAUUAGUUGUUAAUGCAAUUUGCUACGUUAUUUGGAUGCGCCUUAGGGGGAGGCCUGACAAUCUCGCGGGGUGGCCAAGGCUUAAGUUAUUUUGGCAGAGAGUCAGCCCAUACAUAAAACUCCUCAAUAUGUUGCUCUGUUGUUCGGUGAUGUGGGCAAUGCUGGCAUUUUUCCAUGUCUACCGAGACAAGGUUAAUGAGGCAGCCGGAAGUGAUAAUCAGAAUUCCGACUGGACGUUCGGUCAAGUCCUCUCUGUUGCUACAUGGGUUCCUGUUGGUGUGGAGUUCGCUACCGUCCUCAAGUAUGGACCUGAGGAAGGACUCGGCAAGAAAAUUUCAAGAAAGUACACCAUCGUUGCGAGCAAUUCUUUUGACUACGACGAGAAACGAGAGAUGCAGUACUCGAGAGUAGAGACCGGACUAUCGAACCUUUGAGCCGAUCUGAGUAAUAGAAAUCGUUGAAAGAGAAAAACUGCAAACGGCAUACUCUAGUAGAUCGAGCCAUCUAGUACACCAUAGUUAUACCCCAAGUAGAUACCAAGAUAGCAAAUUCAAUUUGAUACCCGUUAAUACUUUGAGAUGUACAUGAAGUCUCAUUAACU